UUCUGCCGGGUUCUUGCUUUGCCCACAGCAUGCACAGGGUCAUGGCGGGUCCUGGACAGAAAGUGGUUCUGAUCACCGGCUGCUCCUCCGGUAUCGGCCUGAGGAUCGCCGUGAUGCUGGCCAAAGACGAACAGCAGCGUUAUUACGUCAUUGCCACCAUGCGCGAUUUGAAACGUAAGGAGAAGCUGGUGGAAGCAGCCGGGAACACGUAUGGGAAAACUCUGUCUCUGGCCGUGCUGGACGUCUGCAGCGACGAGUCCGUCAAACAGUGUAUUGAUGGCAUCAAGGAUCGACGUGUGGAUAUCCUCAUAAAUAACGCAGGUAUCGGUCUGGUGGGUCCUGUGGAGAGCAUCCCCAUCGAAGAGAUGAAGAAAGUGUUUGAAACCAAUUUCUUUGGAGUGAUCCGAAUGAUCAAGGAGGUUAUGCCGGACAUGAAGAAGAGGCGAGCGGGACACAUCAUUGUGAUCAGCAGUGUCAUGGGACUGCAAGGUGUGGUGUUUAAUGAUGUGUACUCUGCGUCCAAGUUUGCCAUGGAAGGUUUCUGUGAGAGUUUGGCUGUGCAGCUCUUCAAGUUUAACAUCACUCUGUCCAUGAUAGAACCUGGUCCAGUACACACAGAGUUUGAGAAAAAUAUGAUUGAGGAUGUGAGACAGAGGGAGUAUCCCGGAGCAGACGCUGACACUAUCCAUUACUUCAAGAACGUCUACCUUCCUUCCUCCAUUGACAUCUUUGACACAAUGGGUCAAACGCCCGAUGACAUCGCCAGAUGCACCAAGAAAGUGAUUGAAGCCAGCAGCCCGCGCUUCCGAAAUCUCACCAACCCCUGGUACACGCCCAUCUUAGCCCUGAAAUAUGCAGAUGAAACUGGAAGCCUGUCUGUUCGUGCCUUCUACCACAUGUUCUUUAACCUGGGCUCUCUAAUGCACAUCACUAUGACCGCCAUCAAGUACCUGACCUGUGGAUGUCUGAGGAUCAGGACAAUUUCCCCAAACUAGAAGAUUUCUACAUGGAACAUAAUGUAAAUAAGACAACCCCAAGUGAAUGCAGGGAUUUAGAAUUCUCAAUGUCCAAAAACAGGUUACACUAUAAUAUACUGUAACAGCUGAAGAAUAUAUGUCUGUGUGGUUGUUUGAUCUGCACUGUACAUGAUCAGGUCUGUCUGUUUUUCAUUGUGUUAUACAGCACAGGGGCAUGUUCCUAAUCCAGCCUGUCUUAUCUCAGCCUCCUUCUCUGGUCCCAUGUCUCUUCUCUUCCCAAAGUUGAGCUUUGAUUGAUGCAGUCUGUCUGUUCUUUUUUUUUUUUUU